CUGUUGAUGACAACUCUGCUAAAAAAUUGCAAGAAAACGUAAACAAUCACUCGGCAUAGAGCUAAAAGCUGUAAUAAAUUUAAUGAAACUAUACAAAGUGUUUCUAGAAAAUUGGACACGGGACGAAACAAUUUCUCUACAACAAUUGAUGUUUAUCGAUGAAACAAUGAUGGUUAAAAGGACACCUUAGUACAUGAAGGCAAGAUGCUUUAUAAUUGCGACAUUUGUACGAAAAAGUUUUCAUUGAAAACCGCCCUGAUCAAGCAUAUGAUCGCGCACACUGGUAACAACCUGUACAAUUGUGAUGUGUGCGGCAAAGAACUAUCAUCGAAGCACCGAUUGAAGCAUCAUAAAACGAUUCACACCGGUGAACGUCCGUACAAGUGCACUGUAUGCGAAAAGGAUUUUGCCAUUAAAGAGUAUCUAUCCAAACAUAUGGCUACUCACAGAAAAGAUUACAGGAAGAGGUGCAACGUAUGUGACAAAAGCUUUAAUCAUAGUGCAAGCCUCACAAAGCACAAACGUAUUCAUACAGACGAGAAGUUUAAAUGCGCACUAUGUGAAAAGGAGUUUCCCACUACGAAUUACCUAGAUCAACACAUGCUUAUGCAUACGGGAGAUUACAAGCAUAAGUGUGACGUGUGCGGCAAAGAGUUCAGGUCUAAUCAACUAUUUAAAGACCACAAACAUAUUCACACCGGAGAGCGUCCGUACAAGUGCAUUGAAUGCGACAAGGUUUUUGCCAUUAAGACUUCCCUGUUCAGACAUCUAGCUAUUCACAAAAAUGAGUACACAUAUAAGUGCGAAGUGUGUGGCAAAAGCUUUAAUCAUAGAGCAUACCUCUCGAAACAUAUUCGUAUUCAUUCGGAUGAGCAGUAUGAAUGCACCAUAUGCGGAACAAAUUUUCCCACCAAGUAUUUUCUCGAUAAGCAUAUGCAUUUUCACAUGGGUUAUUACGAACAUAACUGCGAUGUGUGCGGCAAAGGUUUUCUAACCAGAACGCUUCUGAAGAACCACGAAUACAGUCAUAAUGUUGAACGGUCUUAUAAAUGCACUAUAUGCGGAAAAGAUUUUUCUGGUAGAAUAAAUCUUACUCGACACAUGCAGCUUCACAAAAGCGAGCGACUGUACAAAUGUACCGUAUGUGGAAAAGAUUUCGCCAAUAGUUCUUAUUUGGCCAGACACAUGCGUAUUCACACGGAUGACUAUAGACAUGAGUGUGAUGUGUGUGGCAAAGGAUUCAUGACCAGAUCACUCUUGAAAGACCACCAGCACAAUCAUACAGGCGAGCGACCAUACAAAUGCACCGUAUGUGGAAAAGAUUUUCACGCCAAACUGAAUCUUGCUCAACACAUGCAACUUCACACAAACGAGAGACCGUACAAAUGCACCACAUGCGGAAAAGAGUUUGCUGUUAGGGCUUAUCUAUCCAAGCACAUGUCUAUUCAUGAAAGUGUGAUGAGUGUGGCAAAGUGUCCAUAGCUAAAUCUUGCUUCCCAAACGAAACGAUCAUUCAACUCAGGGAAACGGUUGGCACGUGCAAAUCUUAAUCUUUCUCUGUUCAAUGCACACAUGGAAUAACUUGAUUGGUGGAGACGGAAUUACAAACCAAUGAACUGCUGGUACAACGACCCGUCCCAGUGUCAACUUACUGCGUCAAUCGAAUCUUGUUGCAAACGAAAACGUCCGAAUGCUGGAUCUAAGGUUCUCGAACAGAGCAGAUGUUACACCCAUUAUUAGUGCCUCGCCGUUUCUAAACCGUUGAUCAAAUCUGUUCGGCUAUUGUGCUAGAAAAAAUAUCUAAAUCUAAGGUUUUGAAAUGGAAUAAACCAUGUUAUUUGGAAUCUGAU